AUGGGCAACUGCACCAAAACCCCAGGCAGGCGACUCUCCAAGGACAGAGAACUGCGGCCAGAAGAAAUUGAAGAGCUAAAGGAGGCCUUCCGGGAGUUUGACAAAGACCACGAUGGCUACAUCAGUUACAAGGAUCUGGGAGAAUGCAUGCGGACCAUGGGCUACAUGCCCACUGAGAUGGAGCUCAUUGAGUUGUCUCAGCAGAUCAGUAUGUCUGGAGGGAAAGUGGAUUUUGAUGACUUUGUGGAACUGAUGGGCCCCAAGAUGCUAGCAGAAACAGCAGAUAUGAUUGGGGUGAAAGAACUACGGGAUGCCUUCCGAGAGUUUGAUACAAACGGUGAUGGGCAGAUCAGCAUAGCUGAGCUACGGGAAGCCAUGCGCAAGCUCCUGGGGCAGCAGUUGAACUACCGUGAGGUGGACGAGAUCCUCAAGGAUGUUGAUCUGAACGGGGAUGGCCUAGUGGACUUUGAAGAGUUUGUACGGAUGAUGUCUCGUUGACAGCAGCUAGUUGCAGCCAAAGGCUGAUGUGCCUUAUUAAGAGAAGAAACGCCAAGCUGCCAUUUAGUCCAACUUGCAGUGAAUCUGGCCCUCGGAUGUUAGAGUUUUGUCUAAGGACUUUCCACACACCCUGCUUGGAGCCAAACAGCCACUCCUAAUGUCCAGAUAUCCAUAACAGCUUCAAAUCUUCAAUUACAUCUUGGACCAGACCCCCAGAUCAAUAUCCUGCCUACCUUAUAAGUUAAAGCUCCAAGCGUCGACCACACUUACUUAGGCACUGGUUGUCAUUAUACCUCACCCUUCCUCUGUUUGCUACAAUAUUGAUCUUUCUCCCUAACUAUACCUUAAAGAGGCAGCAGGCUUAACAACAAAACUCCCAAAUUGUUCUGUGGGCAAUUGUGUAAGAUAUUCCAAGUGCCCAUCCUCUGACCAAGAAGUGUUGAUUUUCUUGCCCCUUUCCUCCUCUAAAUGGUGUGUUUUAGAAUUCCCCCUCCCUUGAAUCAUACCCUACCCACUCCAGUCUCUAGGAUAUCAUUGUAAAUGAUGUCAUAUAAAUUGUUGUUUUUCCCAAGCACAGUGGACAUGCAUGAGCAACACACAGCAGUGGUAAGGAGUUGGCUUGUGGCCCCAAACAGAACACCGUUGGUUCCAGGAACUGAAUAGGAUGGGGGCUACUCAUUGCUGUUAAGCCAGCCUUAACAACUGAAUGUGAUCUAUAGUAUAUGAAUGUUUCAUUAGAACUAAAGGAAGUGGCAGCUGUGGUCACGAGGUGCUGGGAAUCUGUAGCAAAACUACUACUACUUUGCCUAGUUCCUGGGAUCAAUUUACGCUGGACUUUACUAAUAUGAAGCUGCUUUAUAGAUUGCCUUUUAACUAGGCAAAUAUGUCACUUUUAAUUAUUACAUUCCCAUCCACAGCUGGUGUCAGACUUCUAUACACAUGUGAUUUGGGGAAAAUAGGGUCCCUUGGAUGCUUACUAAGGAAUUUUUAUUGCAGAAGUCAUUAAUGACAGUCUAAGAGCAGAAUCCUAUGCAUGCUUGGACGGAAGGAGUUCUGCAACUCUCAGCAUUCCUCAGUCAGUAAUGCUACUGUAGAAUUCUGGGAGUUGUAGUACUUUUGUCUGAACAUGUACCAUUGUUUCUUAAAAUACACAACCUCAAAGGAAUGAUUGGUGUGCUCCAACCUAUUCUUAAAUUCAUUCAGUGGUAGUGUGACUCACUGUCCUGACUCAACAUCUUGCUCUGAAUAUGUACCUCCAAAGACUUCCCAGAAUCCUCUGCAACACAAAGGGAUUCCAUGACAAACACACAGGAGUUCCCCAGCAGGUAAAUAAACGAGGACAGAAUUCCCUCUAGCUAGAAAGUUCCUAUGUACCAUUUUUUAACUUUCCCACUGAAAAUCUUUUUUUUUCUCCAUCCCAGUUCCUGUUCUGAUUAAGAAAACUAAUAUGUUUCAGGUAAGAUACUACUAUCAGUUGUGCAUGUGGCUGUCAUUCUUUUUCUCACAGAUGGAAUACCAUGCAUUUGGCUGUAUCAGAACACAUAUUUAAGCAAAUUCAGUGAACCCAGAUUCACAGGUGAUUUGAUUCAUGCAUAUUCUUGAUCAUUUCACCUAUACAACUUAUUUCACCUUACAACUAUA